GUUUCAUUCUUAGCAUGUUGUUGUUUUCAAGUCUUGGGUUAACUGAAUGAUUGAUUUCACCUCAAUAGAAUAGUGAUAAUGCUUCAUACCCUUUUGAUGCAGACAUUUUCUACUCUCUCUCUCUCUCUCUUUUUAAAUUUUUUUUCCUUUUCAUCAGAAAUUACAGCAGAAAUAACAUCAUUUUCUUCUCAUUUUAGUUGCUUUUAUUAUUUUCUAUUUGUUUACUUAAUUGAUAUUCCAAAUGUUUAAUCAACUGGAUGUGCGGGUGCUUUCUCUGCUCCCACCCUAUGAAGGGAAAUCAGUUGUGGAACUUGGAGCUGGUAUUGGAAGAUUUACUGGUGAACUAGCACAGAAGGCUGGUAAUGUUGUAGCCCUGGACUUCAUUGAGAGUGUUAUAAAGAAGAAUGAAAGUAUUAAUGGUCAUCGCAAAAAUGUGAAAUUCAUCUGUGCUGAUGUGACAUCCCCGGACUUGAAUUUUUCUGAAGGAUCUGUGGACUUAAUAUUCUCAAAUUGGUUACUGAUGUAUCUUUCUGAUGAAGAGGUUGAGAAUUUGGUAGAGAGGAUGGUCAAAUGGUUGAAGGUUGGUGGAUAUAUUUUCUUUAGAGAGUCUUGUUUUCAUCAAUCUGGAGACUGCAAGCGGAAAAACAACCCAACCCACUACCGCAAGCCUAGAUAUUAUACAAAGGUCUUCAAAGAGUGCCAUGCUAAUGAUGAUUUGGGGAAUUCAUUUGAGCUAUCUUUAGUUGGCUGCAAGUGUAUUGGGGCUUAUGUGAGAAACAAGAAGAAUCAAAAUCAGAUUUGCUGGACAUGGCAGAAAGUUGCUUCAGAUAAUGAUAGGGGAUUCCAGCGCUUCUUGGAUACUGUUCAGUACAAAUGCAGUGGCAUACUGCGUUAUGAGCGUGUCAUACUGCGUUAUGAGCGUGUCUUUGGAAAUGGAUUUGUGAGCACUGGAGGAAUUGUGACUACCAAAGAGUUUGUUGCAAAGCUGGAUCUUAAGCCUGAGCAAAAGGUCCUAGAUGUUGGCUGUGGCAUUGGGGGAGGCGAUUUUUACAUGGCUGAGAACUUUGAUGUCCAUGUUGUUGCCAUUGAUCUCUCUAUAAAUAUGAUUUCUUUUGCUCUUGAACGUGCCAUUGGACUCAAAUGUGCUGUAGAAUUUGAAGUUGCUGAUUGCACUAAGAAAAUAUAUCCUGACAAUAUGUUUGAUGUAAUCUACAGCCGUGAUACGAUUCUACACAUUCAAGACAAACCUGCACUGUUCAGAUCUUUCUACAAGUGGUUGAAGCCAGGGGGUAAAGUUCUUAUCAGUGAUUACUGCAAAAGUGCUGGAACACCAUCAUUGGAAUUUACUGAGUAUAUUAAGCAACGAGGAUAUGAUCUCCAUGAUGUAAAAGCCUAUGGGCAGAUGCUUAGAGAUGCAGGUUUUAAUGAGGUUGUUGCAGAGGAUCGAACUGACCAGGUUUAAUGAGGUCGUCGUUUAAUUCAUCAUCCAACUUAAAACAACUCACCAUUCGGCAGCAACCGCAAUAUAACUUAACGGAGAAAUUUUUUGUCCUCUGUAAAUUAACUUAAUCGUCUCUUCCCUGUACUUCCCCGAGUGCUCAUCGCUGCGGCAAUGACGACCAAAGUUUGCAAGAUCCCUUGCUCCCACCAAAUUCCAUCUUUCUUCUCUUUAAUAUAAAAAAUAUGAGUUCUUCAGAUUUGUGAAUAGUGGGUUCAAGGAGAUUUGUGGCUGUGGAAAACUUAGUGGUACUCAAAAGAAAAAAAAUUAACUUUUUCAGAUUUGAGCAAAAAGGAAUCAGAGUAAAGGUUUUUGGGUUGA